AUGAUACCAGCCGAGGACAAGGCACCAUUCAUCAUUGCUCACGAGUUCUUCGAUGCCCUUCCGAUCCAUGCAUUCCAAGCCGUUCACUCCCCUCCUCCAGAAACAAUCAAUACACCGACUGGACCGGCUGAACUUCGACAACCUUCGCUACCCCUGAAUGGAACACAAUGGAGAGAGCUGGUUGUUGCUACAAACCCCGAGGCAGAACGUGAGCCCGAUGGCGACGACAGUAGCGUCAAGAAUGACAAGAAGCUUGAGUUCCGACUAGCACUCGCAAAGUCUCCUACUCCAGCAUCGCUCGUCAUGCCAGAAAUGUCACCUCGGUACAAGGCACUUAAGUCGACUCGUGGAUCAACAAUUGAGAUCAGCCCAGAAAGUCAUACCUACGCCCAAGAAAUAGCCCGACUGAUAGGAGGACCCAAUCCAACUGAUAAAAACCCUUCACCGACCCGCACCCCAGCUGGCGCAGCGCUGAUACUUGAUUAUGGGCCGUCGUCUACCAUUCCCGUUAAUUCUCUGCGCGGAAUCAAGAACCACCAGGUUGUGUCGCCCUUCGCAACCCCAGGAGAAGUCGACCUUAGCGCUGAUGUGGAUUUCACUGGCCUUGCUGAGUCUGCUCUCAAUGCUAGUCCUGGUGUUGAAGUAUACGGCCCUAACGAGCAGGGGAGCUUUCUACGUUCAUUAGGCAUUGCAGAAAGGGCGGCCCAGCUACUUCGCAAUGUGAAAGAUGAAGAGAAGCGCAAACAGAUAGAAAGCUCCUGGCAGCGUCUCGUUGAGCGUGGGGGCGGAGGGAUGGGUAGGAUCUACAAGGCCAUGGCUAUUGUUCCUGAGAGCGGGGGCAAGAGACGACCGGUAGGCUUUGGUGGUGAAGUUCGGAUGUAA